CCGGUCGGAGUUCCGGCGUAAAAGGAAAUGGAUAGUCACGAUGGGUGUGCGUACGGGUCGGAUCAGAGAACCUACGGCGUUGAUCGGAGGACGGAAAUCGUGAGUGGUAAGAGUAAUCAGAUCUACGGGACUCAGGAUUAUCCUCCGUCACUGCCGCCUCCGCCGGGAGAAGUAGCGGCGCGUAGGAGCAACGCGUCGUCGACGACGAAGCUGUCUUGGGGUUUAAGCGAUGCGGAGAUGAAGAGGAAGAAGAGAAUCGCGAGGUAUAAAGCUUAUACAGUUGAAGGUAAAGUUAAAUCGACUGUGAAGAAUGGAUUCCGAUGGAUUAAGAACAAAUGCUCUCAGAUUGUCCAUCGUUUUUGACUUUUUUCCCGACGAGUUCUGUUCUUGGUGCAUGCGGUGGUCGCCGGGUAAAAAACAUGAAUAUGAGAG